AUGUACAGCAUGAUGAGAGGAGCAGGACGAGGCGGUGCCCCGAAGAGAUUCGAUGAAUACUACCGAUGCUAUCCUACCGUUAUGCUUCCAGGACCAGAGCGUGCCUAUCUCAAUUAUGGUGGCAAGAUCAUUCUACCGCCCUCAGCUUUGGAGAGACUCACACGCCUCCACAUCGUGUAUCCCAUGCUGUUUGAGCUCACAAAUGGCAACGAACAGAAGCAUACUCACGCAGGGGUCUUGGAGUUUGUUGCGGAGGAGGGAAAGGUCUAUCUUCCACAUUGGGCAAGUAACAUCCCGAAGCUCAAAUGAAGCCCACUAACAUCUUGCAGAUGAUGAAAACACUUCUUCUCGACACCGGAGAUCUCAUUCAGAUAAAGUCAACUGAUAUUCCCCGGGCAAAAUUUGUUAAACUACAAGCUCAAGAUAUUAACUUCCUCGAUAUCUCCGACCCUAAAGCCGUUCUCGAAAAAGCAUUCCGUGACUUUGCAACCGUUACGCAAGGAGACAUUUUUAGCUUUACAUACAACGAUACGAUAUACGACGUUGCUGUUAUCGAGGUCAAGCCACUUACUGAAAAAAUGGGUGUGUGCAUGUUAGAGACGGACGUUGAGGUCGAUUUCGCAGCCCCGGUAGGAUAUGUCGACCCGCCAUCGAACAGAGGUAGUGGAACGAGUACACCAAGAAGUGUGGCUGGGUUACCGGCAGGCGGUCUUUUGCACAGUCAAGGUACCAUGGCCCAGGCUAUCAAUUAUGAUACUAUCAAGCCAUCAUCCGGUACUGCAGCCGCUGGUGCCAAGGCAGUCUCAUCAAACUUUCUGCUCGGUGGACAAAAACUCAACGCGAAGAAAGGAGGUAAAGCACCAACCCCCAAGGCUUCUACGCCCGUUGCCGGGGCUUCCACAAAUCCCCCUCCUCAAGUGAUUCGUCGUACGAAUGGACCCGCACCACUCAGACUGACCCCCAACAAAUUAUUCUUCGGUUAUGAGGUCAAGCCUCUCAAAACACAAGCAGAUAAGGAUAAAGAAAACGCCGAAGCACUUCAACCACAUUUUGCCGGGCAGGGUAAUACACUUCGAGGAGGACCAGUGAAGGCCAAGCCUGAAUCAGAAAAGGCAGCUGAGCCAGUCAAAGAGAAAGAACCAGCAGUAGGUCGACGACUUGAUGGGAAGAAGGCUUGA